UGUCCUUCAUCUUCCUCUGUAACUCCUCGCGCAGGCGAGAAUCAUGUAUUCGGGUUCCCGGACACGCCAGACCGACUACGGUAUUGACGGCGAUGAGGUCCACUAUCCAACGCGUCCGGUGGAUAAGGACAAGGCGGAGGGCGAGCUCGUUGUGAACAUCAAGAAAGCGACCAAUCCAGAAGAGACCGCGCCCAAGCAGAAACACGUCCGCAAAUGCAUCGUCUAUACCUGGGAUUAUCAUUCGUCAAUAUCCUUCUGGACUGGACUCCGAGUGCAGCCCAUUCUCUCCGAUGAAGUGCAGACAUUCAAGGCUCUCAUCACGGUGCAUAAGGUGCUACAAGAGGGGCACCCCGUGACAAUCAAGGAAGCGCAUGGACAGACUGGGUGGCUGGAGACUUGUGCAAGGACCGUCGGUCACGAAACCGCACGAGGAUAUGGCCCUCUCAUCAGAACGUAUGUACAGUUCCUCUUGGCCAAGCUGCGAUUCCACAGGCUUCGUCCGGAGUUCAAUGGUCUGUUCGAGUACGAAGAGUACAUCACACUCAAGGGUAUCGACGAUCCAAAUGAGGGUUAUGAGACUAUCUCGGAUCUCAUGGGGCUCCAGGACCAAAUCGACUCGUUCCAGAGGAUGAUCUUCGCCCACUUCCGUCACUCCGCGAGCAACGAGUGCCGUAUAUCCGCUCUUGUGCCUCUCGUGAAGGAAAGCUGGGGUAUCUACCGCUUCAUCACCAGCAUGCUUCGUGCGAUGCAUCGACGAACUAACGAUAUUGAGGCUCUGGAACCCCUGCGUGCCCGCUACAGUCAACAACACUAUGCCCUUCGGAAAUUCUACUACGAAUGUUCCAACCUGAAGUAUCUUACCGGAUUGAUUAAUGUCCCGAAGCUUGGUCAAGAACCACCGAAUCUCCUCGACAAUGGGUCCGCCCCUGACCUCCCUGCUCGCCCUACCACCGCUACAGUCAAAACGCCUCCUCCCGCGGCUCCUGCGACGCCAGACGGCGUCAAUGUGGCCGAGCAAGCUCGCAUGCUCAAACAAUACGAGGAGCAGCAGGCGGCACUCGUAGCUGCACGAGAAGAAGAGGAACGUCGUCGCAGGGAGCUUGAGGAGCAGCAACGGCGUGAGUUCGAGCAGCGGCAAGCCGAACAGGCUGAGAGGGAGAGGCUUGCACAGGAGCAGCUCGUGCAGCAGCAGAUGCAGCAACAGAUGAUGCAAUACAGCAACCAGGCUGCCCAGCAAAUGCACGAUUUGGAGCGUGAACUGCUUGCCAUGCGCGGUCAAUACGAACGCGAUCAGCUCAUGCUAGAGCAGUACGACAGAAGGGUUAAGGCGCUGGAAAGCGAGCUCAGCAGCGUCACUACGAACGUGAACUCGCAGCUUAUGUCCAAAGACGAGCUCAUCCGCCAGCUCCAGGAGCAGGUCGCGAUGUGGCAGAAGAAGUACGAGGCGCUUGCCAAGCUCUACAGCCAACUCCGAACAGAACAUCUGGAGAUGCUAUCGAAGUUCAAGCAGAUGCAGCUCAAGGCAAACUCGGCUCAGGAGGCCAUCGACAAGAUGGAACGCAUGGAGCGCGACCUCAAGGCGAAGAACCUCGAGCUGGCCGAUAUGAUCCGCGAGCGCGAUCGUGCGCGUUUCGACCUCGACCGUCAGAAGUCUGCACACAAGGACGAGAUUGACAGGUUGCGUCGCGAGAUCAGCUUUGCGAACGAGCGUGCUGAAGACGCGACUCGUUCAAAGAGCUCGGAAGUGUCCGGUGUACUUGCAAAGUACAACCGCCAGCUCAACGAGCUCGAGGAUUCUCUGCGGGCCAAGCAAUUGCAGAUCGACGAUCUUCUGUCCAAGCUCGACCAUGCUACCACUGAUCUGGAUCGCCUGCGGGAGGAGAAGGACCAGGAGAUUUCCCUCCUUCAGGAGGGCAUGGAUGCUACCAUCCAGCAGCUCCAGGAAGCCCAGCAGAACCAAGGCCUCAACGAGGAAGCUACCAAUGCUCAAAUCGAUACCUUGAUUCUGGACAACAGGAAGAAAUUGAACCAGAUCAUCGACUCUAUCCUGAAUGCAUGCGUGGCGAAGGUCGACGAGGCCAUCUACGAGCUAGAGUCGCCGGCGCAAGCUGGCAACUUGAACUCCACGCCCGAGUACACUCUGUCUAUGAUCGAGAAGGCGAUCAACAACGCGACCGACUUUGCCACUGUCUUCAACCUAUAUCUUGGAGGCGAGCCUGGUGGCGACCACGUCGACGUGAUCAAGGGCGCGAAUGAACUUGCCCAGUCGCUCGCCGAUGUCCUCAUCAACACGAAGGGCAUCACGCGUCUCGUCGACGACGAGGUCUCCGACAAGCUCAUCAACGUCGCGAAGACUGCCGGCGACACCGGUCUCAGGACGUUUCUCAACCUCCAGUCGUACAAGCUCGAUCUCAUCCGUCAGCCUACCCAACGCAAGGAGGUCGCGAUGCGGAACAACAGUGAAGUUCGCGGCGCGCUCUCAAAGCUCUCCGAGGUCGUCGACGGUCUCGUGCCGAAGGGCGGAAAGGCCGGCGCCGUCGCGAAGACGAACGGCGACCUGGGCGACCUCGUCGAGCAGGAGAUGCUGAGCGCCGCGCAGGCAAUCGAGGCUGCUACCGCGCGUCUCGAGCAGCUCCAGUCUCGCCAGCGCGACUCCUCCCGCUACAGCGCUGUCGACAUCCAGGUCCACGACGCCAUCCUCGCGUCCGCACUCGCUAUCACCAACGCGAUCGCGCGCCUCAUCCAGGCCGCCACCGAGUCGCAGCAGGAGAUCGUCGCUCAGGGCAAAGGGUCGAGCACGACCCAGCAGUUCUACAAGCGCAACAACCGCUGGACCGAGGGUCUUAUCUCCGCCGCCCGCGCCGUCGCCUUCGCGACCAACCUGCUCAUCGAGAGCGCAGACGGCGUACUCUCUGGCACGCACACCCUCGAGCAGCUCAUCGUCGCCUCGAACGAGGUGGCCGCGGCGACUGCUCAGCUCGUUGCCGCGUCUCGCGUCAAGGCGAACCUGAUGUCCAAGACCCAAGAGCGCCUGGAGCUCGCUGCCAAGGCCGUGACGGAGGCGUGCAAGGCGCUCGUCAAGCAGGUCAAAGCGAUCGCCGCGAAGCAGGUGCAGGAGGAGGACGUCGACUACAAGAACAUGGCCGUGCUCGAGUUCAAGCGGCGAGAGAUGGAGCAGCAGGUCGAGAUCCUGCGCCUCGAGAAGGAGCUCAACGCUGCGCGUCACCGCUUGGGCGCUAUGCGCCGCGCAGGAUACCACACGGAUGAGACAGAUUAGUGAGCAGGGGAACGAUGCGAUUGGAAUACUCACCUUCGAUGACGAACGUAUACCGGAAUUACCUUGUAUGUACUUGCUUGCUUCGUCCAAUGCUGACGGGAAUGCACUCUU